AUGUUUAGAGCUCUAAGCACACGUGGCGGUGGCGGUGGUGGUGGUGGAUAUGAGCGGUUGGUGGAUGAGUCCUCCGGCGGUCUUUUAGAGGCGAAGUUGAAUAGAGUCACAAGCUUGCCAGCUAAGCUGUUCGGUUCAUCGUCGACGAAAUUGACUCCGGAGUUCAAUUUUCCAGCGAAUUUUCCGGCGAAGCAAGCGAAGAAGGUUAGUAAGAUUCACCCGUGGUUCGGAUUAUUCGACAGGCGCCGCCGGAGGAAGAAAGCGACGGCUAAGCCGGAAGUAGCUAGAUAUUUGGAGUAUGCGAAGGAAGGAGGUGUAUGGGAUGUGAAUUCUAAUAUGCCUGUUCUGCAAGCUUGCAUCGAUUUGAAGCUUGGGAGCUCUUUGCUAGAUUUUGAAUGUCAUUUCAACGAAGCCCUUGAAAAGAAGAUGUGA